UCCUGGGCUGCCGCGGCGACCCGGGACUGGAGCGGGGAUGGGGAGUGAAGCUCCAGCCACCGUGGCGGCAGCAGCUGCGGCGGCGACGCCGUGAGGAGCAGCCAGGGGGAGGCAGCUGCCGCUCGUCGGUGAGUAUCUGGGAAGCGCCACCAUGACGUUUCGUAAGAAGGGCACCAAGAACCCCCCAGUCCUGAGCCAGGAAUUCAUUCUGCAGAAUCAUGCGGACCUUGUCGCCUGUGUGGGGAUGUUCUUCGUGCUGGGACUCAUGUUCGAGGGAACAGCAGAAGUGUCUAUCGUUUUUAUUACUCUCCAGCACGGCGUUACCUUCCCUGCAGCAGAAGCAGAAGAACGAGCCACAGGAUCCAAGUUGCUUUAUUAUUAUGGUAUCAAAGAUUUGGCCACGGUGUUCUUCUACAUGCUGGUGGCAAUCAUCAUUCAUGCCACCAUUCAGGAGUAUGUGUUGGAUAGAAUUAACAGGCGAAUGCAACUCCCCAAACCGAAACAAAGCAAAUUUAAUGAAUCGGGUCAGUUCAGUGUAUUCUUUCUUGUCUCGUCUAUUUGGGGCACAUUCAUUCUAGUCUCUGAAAACUGCCUGGCAGACCUCUCUCUGUUAUGGAGGGCUCAUACCCAUAACAUGAUGACAUUUCAAAUGAAGUUCUUCUACAUCUCACAAUUGGCUUACUGGUUUCACGCCUUUCCUGAACUCUACUUCCAGAGAAUCAGACAACAGGAUCUCCCCCAUCAAGUUGUCUACGUUGGUCUCCACCUUUUUCACAUUGCUGGGGCUUAUCUCUUGUACUUGAAUCACCUAGGACUUGUCCUUUUGAUGAUGCAUUAUUUUGUUGAAUUCCUUUCUCAUGUUUGCGACCUGUUUAACUUUGGUGAUGAAAAAUACCAGAAAGAGUUUUCUCUGUGGGCCAUUGUGUUUAUUUUGGGUCGGCUUGCGACUUUAAUUGUUUCUCUGAUCACAGUUGGUUUCCACCUGGCUGAAGGACAGAAUCAGAAUCCUGAUGCCACUACUGAAAACGUGAACGUGUUGGCAGCAAAAAUUGCUGUUUUGUCAUCCAGUUGCACCAUCCAAGCAUACAUAACAUGGAAUUUAUUUAAUGCCCAGCUUCAGUGGUGGAUGGAAGAAGACAUUCCUCUUCAGGCCCCAAGUGUGAAGAAGAAGCAACGGACUAAAUGCAAGUCUUCUAGAAAAGGAACAGAAAAUGGAGUGGCAACUUCAGAUAGAGUAGACUCUCCCCAUAAGAGGAAAGAAAAAUCUUCAUGAUGAAUUUCAAGUUAAUUGAUUAAUGUCUCCAAAGAAGUCUACUCUUUCCUGUAACUUUCUUCGCUAAAGACUUUUCUGUUCUUGAAACUAGUUUGUGCAGGUUUUGAUUUUUGC